CUAUAGAGCUCCUGCGGAUGAUGUCACAUAUGCUGGUCACGUGACGAGAAACGAAGGGGGCAGCCAUUUUGGCAGUAAUCGCGUCAGUAAAUUCAUUGGCAGGCACUGGCAGACUGUCGUGGAUGGUGGAUAACUGCUGUGCACCAGGUUGCACAAAUAGGCGUGGGAAGAAGAAAGGUGUAUCUUAUUAUCGCAUUCCAAAAGACGCGGAGAGGAGGGAAAAGUGGAUCGCAGCGAUUAAAAGAGACAGGAGCCGUCUGAACAAGACUGAAAGAUGGGACCCCCCGGCCGUUUGCUUUCGCUUAUGCAGUGAUCACUUCAUAUCAGGGAGAAAGAGUGAUAACCCGUUGAGUCCGGAUUUUAUUCCGUCAAUUUUUGAUUACCUUCCAUCUCCAGAGAAGACGAGACGAAAAACGAGACUGGAGGUUUUUAACAGAAGGCAGAAGGCUAAAUUGCACAAAGUAGAGCAGGCAAAGCUAUCUGCAGAAGCCAUCCGUCAAAGGACAUCAACUGAUUGUCCCCAGAAAAAGGCAGCCCAAGAAGACCAAAUCACAGAGCCUUUGAAGGAGCCCCCCAUCUCAGAUCCUUUGGUAGACUCAGGCGAUGAAGAUCCUGUCCAGCCUGAUCCAGCAACACCACCAUGCACCUCUGAAACCUGUUUUAACCGCAUCCAGUGUCUUGAGCUAGAAUGCCAAGCUCUAAGGACUGAAAACAUGUUGUUAAGGGACAAGAUAAAUAGGAAGACCCUGACAGAGAUUAGUUUGCAUAAUGAUGAUAAAAAGGUGAAUGUCCUCACUGGGUUAGCAACCUAUACAUGUCUUAUGACCAUUUUUCAAUAUUUGGCUCCAUUUCUCAAACUUAAAUCAUCAAUAACAUGUUUUCAACAAUACAUGUUGACUUUGAUGAAGCUUCGAAUGAACUUCACAUUUGACUUUGGGUUUUUAUUUUGGCAUCGAUCCAACUACUGUCUCCAGGCACUUCAAACACUGUGUUAAUUUGAUUUAUUGUAGACUGGUUCCAAGUGUAGUGGUGUGGCCUGAAAGAGAAUCUUUAAGAACAUCUCUUCCAUAUGUAUUUAGAAAUGGUGACUACGAGAAGACUGUUUGUAUCAUUGAUUGCUUUGAAAUAUUUCUAGAGAAACCAAGUAGAUUGCGACCCAGUGCGCAGUGUUACUCAAGAUACAAAUCACAUCACACCAUGAAAUAUUUAAUUGCCAUUUGCCCUCAAGGUUCAAUUUGUUUCAUUUCUACUGGAUGGGGAGGUCGCACCAGUGAUAAGUUCAUUACAGAACACAGUGAUUUUUUACCUAAUAUUCUCCCAGGGGAUGUUGUUUUGGCAGACAGGGGGUUUUUGGUGAAGGAGUCUGUUGAAAGGUGUCAGGCUGAAUUAAAAAUUCCAGCAUUUACUCGUGGAAAAACACAGUUAGAUCCUGCUGACAUAGAGAAUACAAGAUCUCUAGCCUCUUUAAGGAUUCACAUCGAAAGAGUCAUAGGAGUACUUCGUCAGAAAUAUACUAUCUUACAAAGCACUGUGCCAAUAACUUUCACAGACAUAGAGAAAGAAAAUGAUGUUACUUAUCUUGAUAAAAUUGUGAGUGUAUGUUGUAGACUAACAAAUGUACCUGAUUCUGUGGUGCCCUUUGAGUGAUGAAUUUGUGCGUCAACAGAAAAUAAACCUUUUUGAUUCGCUUCUCA